CGGCGUCGUAUUUCCGGUCCGGAUUUCUUCCUUCCUCCUUUAGGUGGACGGCUGAGGGAAAGAGAAUGCUGGCAACCAGAGCACUUCGGCUUGUUGGGAAGCGAGCCUUGUCGACUUCAGCGUGCCUGCGUGGCCAUGGAGUCGCCAAGGUUGAGGACUACACCCUCCCCGCAUACUUUGACCGCCGUGAGGCCCCUCUGCCUGAGAUUAGAUAUGUCCAGCAACUGAAUUCAGAGCAGAAAUCUCUCAAAGAGAAGGAGAAGGGUUCCUGGGCCACGUUGUCCAAAGAAGAAAAAAUCGCACUGUAUCGUAUCAGCUUCAAGGACAGCUUUGCUGAGAUGGGUCAGGGUUCAGGAGAGUGGAAGACCAUUGUCGCUGGAAUGUUGUUCUUCGUCGGCUUCACCGGGCUGGUGGUGCUGUGGCAGAGGAAUUACGUUUACGGAGACGUUCCUCACACCCUCGACUCCGAGUACAAGCAGAAGGAGCUCCAGAGGAUGCUUGACAUGAGAAUCAACCCCGUCCAGGGCUUUUCCGCCAACUGGGACUAUGAGAACAAAGCGUGGAAGAAAUAAAUUCUGUCUUAAUGUUUUUCAGUGGACCACAUUACACCAUUACUUGUUAAAUGUGCAGAUCGGUGAGAAGUCAAUGUACGACUGUCUAUACCUCAGUGAACUCUUUCUGGAAGACCACUUCCUCUUAAGGUUAUUGUAUACUAUAAACAGAAUAAAAUUCUUCAACAUC